AGAGAGGAAACUUCAGAGAGCCUGGGAAAAUGUCAUCACUCUUGGAAACAUCAAUGCAAAUGAGGAUUUUACUGUAUUAUUGCAUCUAAUGUGGAUUGAAUCUUUGCACCUUGGAGAAUUAUCGUCAAUGCCCGUCAAGUUUCUUGGUCGACAUUGUGCGGACAGAAGCAGCUCUCCAACAGUUUUAAUUCAGCAUGGCAGCAGCCUGUCUUCUAGAGCUUCCAGAUGAGCUUAUCAUUAAGAUCCUGGACUAUCUGGACAUGCAAUGUCUGGUCAGGUGUGUAGCAUGCACAUGCCAAAGAUUAAAUCAGCUUUCAAACUCUGAGAACAUCUGGAAGAAGCUUUCAGUCCUAUACUGGUUGGACACAGAGAGAACGCAUUCAUCAGAUUCAUGGAAGGAAAACUUUUUUGCCUGGCACAAGAAAUGGGGCAAAUACAUGGGUUGCUAUGUCAAGGUCAAGUCUGCAUGGAACAGGAUAGAGAAGGCCUUGGAGGAAAGGAGUCCAGGCACCAGGACAUCUCUCAGAGGUCCUGUAGAGCAAAGUGAGUUGGACACCAUAGAGACCAUGAUGGGUUGCCCUCUACCUCUGGAACUAGCCUGUUCCUAUCUCAUCCAUAACGGCCAGGACGUUGUGCCAGGGAAGGGGUGCCUUCUAGGGAAUCUGGAGGUCUAUGACCACCACAGCAUGGAGGUGGCCGUGCCGCUGGCAUUCAAUGUGAAAAACGUCUUGCCAAAGAUAGGUAUCUUAGCACUGAGUUGGUGUCCCUACACAAACUAUGGUCAGGUUGUGUGUGUGAAUGAGAAACCAGGGCUGCCUAUAGGAUGCGUCUACUAUCUCACCCAGGUGAGGAGACAAAAGUUUGCAGGGUAUUUCGUAGUGGCAUCCAGCUACGUGGAGUGGUUAGAGAAACUAGCCACCAGGCUUGAGGACCCAGAGCUCAUUGUUGACUCGUCUAAAAUUACAAGGUUUUACCAUGAACCAACUUGUGUGGCAGUCACGAGAGAUGUGAAGGUUACCGUGGCAACAUCAUUUGUGCCUUGUCUCAGUCACAUCUGGAAGAAUAAUAAAAUGAGGACUCUGUUUGCGUAUCAGAUCUCCAUGACGAUGGAUGAAAAUGUACCUCCAGUCGGAUCAUGUAAAUUAUUGAGUCGUCAUUGGGAGAUCACAGACUCGUCGGGUCAAUACCAUGAGGUCAAUGGAGAGGCUGUUAUUGGAUUAUACCCUGUGAUGAAGCCGGGGGCCAAGUUCUCUUACUGCAGCUGGACUCCACUAGAUAGUGAUGGUGGCUUCAUGGAGGGCCAUUUCACUUUUGUCAACCUCAAGACUGGCGAGAACUUUGACGUGAUAUGUCCUCGCUUCCACUUCAAGUGUCCUGAGAUCUCCCUCUCCAGUAGCGACGUCGAUGACGAGCAGUACGGAUCGGAAGAGGACAUCGACGAUGAAGAUGACGAAUACUGAGACGACAAAUACUGAGACUGCGCAAAUCAGUUUAGGAAGACGAGGGAGCCUUAUCAAAUGAUGAUGCUGCUGAUGAAGGCUUUGUUGUAGCACAGAUGGUGGCUUCUAUUCCUGUUUGGAAAUUAUAUAUCAGAGCUGCAUAUUCUAAGAUUUUCAUGGUCACAGUUAGCAUGAAAUGGCCUUUGGCGCUUUUUGAAAUAUUUGAAAUUUACCGGGAGCACCAGUAAAUUUUGAUUAUUCUAUUUCUCGAAAGCAGAAGUGUUUCAGGGGCUAAAUUUUCUGGUGCUUAUAUGAAUCCACAUGUGCAUCCAAAUACAUCAACAUUGUAAAGAAUCGCUAUCCACCCAAUUUUCAAAAUUAAAAAUUAGGGGGUGCAGGAGGUGCUGUUUUCCAUGACUUGCUUGAACGCUUUGCUUCGUUCGGAUUUCUAAUACCUCUUAUUUUAAAAUCGCACUUAAUCCUUUUUUAUGCCUCUGUUACGAAAUAGCCGGAGGCAUUACGUUUUCGGGUUGUCCGUACGUCCCGUUUUCGUGAUCGCGUUAUCUCAAGAACCUAUGGAUGGAUUCCUGCCAAAACUUGG